AUUGCUAUUUUCGUUUAUUUUGUUAGUUACUGGAUUUCUUUUUAGUAUCAGCCCAUUUUGAUAAAUUUGAAGCAUGGGUUCCCCCCAGUGUGAUCUGGCGGGUAAAGUGCGCUUCUUUUGCAUCUGGACAAUGGUUACUGCAGUAGUAUUUGGUCUCCUUUGUGGUCUCAUCUUGAGCAUAUACACCUCAAAAGUUUUUGUGAGUUUAAUGAGCAUAUUCUAUGCAAAAGAAUUAAGGCAUGUUUUUGUGGCAACCCUUGUCUUACUCGUACUUAACUGUGUUCACUUACUCGCUGGUGUAGUAAUGUUCGUUGGAUUUGCUCAAGAUAUAUCCUGGUUAUUUCUGGCUGGGCUUGUACUUAGCUCAAUUUGUCCAUACUUUGAGUUUUUUCUCUUGAUUCCCACAGCUAUUCAGAUUGCGUAUACUUUUUACUCGUGUCUAUAUUAUAAGCAAAUGAGACGAGAAAAUAAAUAAAUUAAAUUCUAACGUACAUCGAUGACUUACGUUGUGAUAGAUCUCGAUGGGACCAUUUUAAUAAGCAAGUUUCGGAAUAAACAAGAAAAGUUUUUUUUUUUUUUUAAAUUGUAUGCAUCGUGAUUUGACU